UUACAUGGCUUCGGGAUAGGUACUCACCUGGCUAAAUAAGUAUACAGGGGAUCGUUUGAAAGCUCUUGGCAUUCAAGGCCUCUAUGGUCAAAAGAUCGAAGAAGCUGUCGGUGUAGUUGAUUCUUGCGCGGAGAACCUGCGGCUUACCGCGGACCAUUGCGACAAAGAGAAGACGGUCGAGAUCUUGGAGGUCCUCAACCGUCAUGUUGUAGAAGAAAUGCGCAAAGAGAGUGCCAGGGCACAGCAACGCGAAGUCCGCGCCGAAGAGCGACACCGGGAGCAGCUCGGUCGGGAGGACAAUCUCUCGGUUCAAUUGUCGGGCAUUGUGGGACGUAUGCAAGCCCACGACCAGGCCAAUGAAGGCAGAUUCAACUCACUCAACCAGGCCAACGAAGCGUUCUCCAACACGAUUAAAACCCUUGUUCAGCAUCUCUCAACCCAGGAAAAUCAGCGCGACCAUGUUUUCGCGUCCCUCCGGGAUGAGAAAAGGAAGGAGAAGCAAGCACGAGAGGCUGCUGAGAGGGAGGCGAUAUGUAAGUUGCCGUCCACGAACCUGCACUAUAUUGACUUACGCAUUCUACGCAGAUUUGCGAGCGCAACUUGACCGAAGAGACGAGUUACUAAGGUCCCGCACGCCACCACCCGUCCUCGACGUUGCUGAAGUCAGUGACUUGCUAUGGGACUGCGGUGGUACAUCUGAAGCCGAUCUAGAGCGCCAGAUGAAGCUCUCUGGCGACCAAGCGUUGACUGUCGCUGUCGCUUCGAACCGCAACUUCCAGAGAUGGUUCACAUCGGUAGACUCCGAGAUGCUCUUCAUUUCUGUAGAUGGCUCCGUUGAGCGCUCCGCCAGCACAGGCUUCGUUGCAGCGAUGGCGACGCUCUGUAGGGCGGUUUCCCAGCAGUCAACCGCGAUUGCAUACUUUUGCGGACUUGCAAACCCACAGACUCCUGAUGUAGCGGCAGCUCUUAUGGGAAGUCUGAGCCUGCAGUUACUCCGAAAUCAUCCCUACGAUCUGCGGGCGUGGUCGAGCAAACUGGCCCUGCACGAUCACCACGCGAAGCUCGGUACGAAGGACAUAGGCUACCUCAACAGCUUCUUCAAGCAUCUAUGCCUGCCGCUGGCCAAAGGUGGCUCUAGGAACGCUAGUGUCAUAUAUUGCCUAGUCGACGAUUUUGCUUCGCUCGAGCGAGCCGCGGAUAUGCGUUCAGUUUGGAGGGUGAUGUCAUACCUUUAUGACUUAGUGGAGUCCACUGACCUACGCCCGGUGGUUCUCAAGGUCCUCGUUAUGAGGCCGGAGAGGGGAGGAUCAGUGUUGAAAGCUGUUGAUGAGAGGGACUUGGUCAGAGUGCAUGAUGUGUCUCGGGGGGCAGACUCGCAUACUUCCCAACGCGAACUUAAUUUCCAGCUCGAGCGAGCCCGCCGAAUGCGGGAAGAGAUGUGAUAGGGAUUGUGAACGCGAUUAGACUUCGAGGGGUAUCAUGCGAAC